CUUUCGUUUGUGGGAAUUAAACGUUAAGUACCACCAGGUUUGAGUACCGUUUUAAGGGUCGUGCAGCUGCAGGCUAGGCCACGGAAUCUGCGCUCUAGAGCUUUCGCUGCUGCCCCCUGGUUCGUGCAUCCUCCAAACAAAUAAGAGGGAAUUGUCAAAUCCGGGGCCUCUCCCCGGCGGGAUCCCCCGGAGAAAGAGCUGGAGAGAGCAAGUGGGUGGAUAUCAAAGGAGUUUUCCUCUUCAGUUUUGGCUAAAUGUGGUGUGGAGUGAGUUCCUUUGAUCGCAGGAGAUCAGAGUUAAAAGGAUGGCACUUCCUUGAGUGGAACAUACAUUAACCCGAACUGGUGGUGGUUUUAGAUCUAGCCAGCUGGCAGCCAUGAAUGAAUGGAUGAGGAAAGGCCCCUUAGAAUGGCAAGAUUACACGUACAAAGAAGUCAGAGUGACAGCCAGUGAGAAGGAGUAUAAAGGAUGGGUUUUAACCACAGACCCAGUUUCUGCCAAUAUUGUCCUUGUGAACUUCCUGGAAGAUGGCAGCAUGUCUGUGACUGGAAUUAUGGGCCAUGCUGUGCAGACCGUUGAAACUGUGAACGAAGGGGACCAUGGAGUGAGAGAGAAGCUGAUGAAUUUGUUCAUGUCUGGAGACUGCAAGGCCUACAACCCUGAGGAUCUGGAGAAGAGAAAGAACAGCCUAAAGAAAUGGCUCGAGAAGAACCACAUCCCCAUCACAGAACAGGGAGAUUCACGAAGGACUCUGUGUGUGGCUGGGGUUCUGACUAUAGACCCACCGUAUGGUCCAGAAAAUUGCAGCAGUUCUAAUGAGAUUAUUCUCUCCCGUGUUCAGGAUCUUAUUCAAGGACAUCUUGCAGCUUGCCAAUGAGAGGCCAAGAACUAUGGAUGCAUCAAUUGAAAUAACAUUUCAUUUUUUUUUUCUUCAUAAAAUGUUUUGAAUGUUAAAUCCAUCAUAUUACAAGACUUCAAAGGCACACAGUUGUGUGUGUGUGAGUUUUAAUUCUAUGUUGUUUUGGUAAAAUCAAAGAUCUGGAUUAUAAGUGCUAAUAAAUAAUCAAACUAUGGCAAAGCUAGCAUCACAUGCAACAAAAUAGCACAAGGACAUUAGAAUUGUAAGAGUCUUUUGUUGGUGGGAGUACACCUCCAUUUUUGUUAGGCAAGAAACACAUGUUAGAUUCAAUAUAAAAUGUCUUGUUAAGCCCCUUGCACUACCUGUAUGUGUCUGUUUUAAAAUAUUUAUUGUGUAAGGAUGAAAUCGCUUUUGAAUCAGAAUCUAUUGGAAUAUAUGCUUUUUUGGUUGAAACUUGAAAA